UAUUUGUGACUUAGUCAUAAGAUUUACAAGCUCGUUUAUAUGCAUUGUGUUUUUAUAGAAUUUCCUCCGAAAGGCACGAGAUUUAAGAAAAUCAAAUUUUUAUGGACAAAGUUAAAAAUUUAUUGAUUCGCCGCUUAUUAUUAUUGACUGAUAAUUAUCUUUAUCUAGUACUUCUGUAAUGUUAUAGUGUGAUCUCCAGAAUACAGUUACACUGCUGAUUUUAAUUUCACGUUACUUUUAUUAGUAAAUAUUCUUCAAAAUUAGGUACCAGAUAAAUUUAAUUUGCGUCCACAAAAAUGAUUUGUGAUGGUCGGAGAAUCGUUUUCGGCUUUACUGGUAACUCUAGAUCAUUUUAUCAGUCGGUGGUUUAAAGACCUGUGUCCGGCGGUCGCAGCAGAAGCUUUUGCGCGAAACUCAAAUGCAUUUUCGCAGACAGAACUAACCUAUAACGUAGAAUUUUCUGCUAUUCUUACAAUUUGUGGACUAUUAAGGAUGUUUAAAACUCUCAGCUGCAGUAAAAAAUUGUCCGGAAAUCUGAAGGUAUUAGCACUGAAUAAACCCACAGGAAACAGAUGUUCCAGUAAAAAGGCAGCACCCAAUUACCUACCGAGGAUAUUUUCUGGUAUUCAACCUACCGGUGACGUUCAUUUGGGAAAUUAUUUAGGUGCGAUACAAAAAUGGGUUGAACUUCAAAACUCUAAUCAGGAUGUCAUUUACAGUAUUGUGGAUAUGCAUUCCAUUACUUUGCCACAGGAUCCAAAAGCAUUAAAGCAAAACAUUCUAAACAUUACUGCGACAUUAUUGGCAUGUGGAAUUGAUCCCGAUAAAAGCAUUUUGUUUCAGCAAUCUACGGUUUCUAUGCAUACUGAGCUUUGCUGGAUUCUCAGUUGCUUGACCACUAUGCCACGUCUAGCACACCUGCCUCAGUUCAAAGAAAAAAGUGCGACAGUAAAAGACGUUCCUCUCGGGUUGUAUAUUUAUCCUGUCUUACAGGCAGCUGAUAUUUUGCUAUACAAAUCAACACAUGUACCAGUUGGAGAAGACCAACUACAGCAUUUACAAUUGGCUCAACAUUUAGCAAAACUGUUUAAUGGAAAAUUCGGAGAGACAUUUCCAAUACCUCAUUCAAUGAUCAAUGAUGACAGCAGUUGUAGAAUAAGAUCCUUGAGAGAUCCGACAAAGAAAAUGUCAAAAUCUGAUCCUGAUCCCAAGAGCCGAUUACAAUUAACGGAUGAGCCGAAGGUUCUUUUAAACAAAGUUAAAAAGGCAAUAACGGAUUUCACCUCUGAAGUUACUUUCGCACUAGACGAAAGACCUGGUGUCUCAAAUCUUAUCACCAUUCAUUCUUUGUUGAGUGGAAAAACACAUGAUGAAAUUUGCAGAGAAGCCCAAGGUCUUGAUACCGGAAGAUACAAACUGGUUGUUGCAGAUGUUGUUAUAGAAAAAUUAACUCCUAUUCGUGAACGUUUACUUGAACUCGAAAGAGAGCCUCAGUACUUGGAAGAAGUUUUAAGAAAAGGUGGUGAGAAAGCAACAGAUAUCGCCUGUGAUUGUUGGCAUGAAGUUAGAGAUAAAGUUGGGUUGAGUAAUAACGUAUUGUCGAGCGCGAGUAAACGGGAAUUAGGGAAACUGCAAAGUAGCCUGUAAGUCUGCAGAAAAACUGUUUAUUGUAAAUAAAAUAUAAUUAAUUAUUUAUA